AUGGCUCUCUCCUUGGAUGAGAAGACCCAAUCCGCCAAUCGCAAAGAACACGUCGAAGCCCUUCACGCAGCCUCAGCAAACGCUCCCUUCGUCCCUCCGACACCGCAAGAAGAAAAUGCCGUCAUCCGCAAACUCGACCGUCGCCUCCUGCCCCUCGUCUUCGUCCUCUACUCCCUCGCCGUCCUCGACCGCAGCAAUCUCGGAAAUGCCAAACUCGCCGGCAUGGCCCAGGACAUCGACAUCAGCGGGAAUCGAUACAACCUGCUCGGAACAAUCUUCUACAUUGCGUAUAUCCUGAGUCAGUGGAUGUUGAUCGGGUGGAAACAGUUCAAACCGCAUCAAUGGUGUGCGAUGGUGACUCUGUUGUGGGGCUUCGUGGCGACGAUUCAGGCCACGGCAUUCAAUUGGGGUGGCUUGAUGGCUUGCAGGUUCUUUCUGGGCAUUGCCGAGGCCAUGUUCGGGCCCGGGGUGCCGUUGUAUUUGACCGUGAGUGUCUUUCCGCGUGGAAGGAGGGAAGGGCUGAUUUGGGGGACAUAGUUUUUCUAUCCGCGCGAAAAAGUCGGAUUCAGGCAAGGCGUGUUCAUCUCGGGAGCGGCCAUGGCGAAUGCAUACGGUGGAGCGUUGGCGUAUGGCAUCAGUCAGAUUCGGGGAUCUCUGGCGCCCUGGAAAAUCCUGUUCCUUAUUGAAGGUCUACCCACGUGUGCUUUUGCGAUUAUCGUCUGGUUCUUCUUACCGGACAGUAUCAGCACCUCCACCUUCCUGAACGAGCGGGAGAAGGAGAUUGCCCUUCAGUUCGUCGCCCGGAACCAACGGAUCGAUGUGGGCCAAGAGCGAGGAGUUCGCUUCCAGGAGAUGUUUUCCGCUUUCAAGGAUCCGAAAUCUUUCCUGCCCGGGCUGAUGUAUUUUGGCUGGUACGUUUCGUUUCCCUUGUCACUCAAAACUUGAACAGAGGACUAAGCUCUGUUGUUUGCAGCAACGUCUCCUUCGCCUCCCUCCCCCUCUUCGUCCCCACCAUCAUCUCCGAAAUGGGCUCCUUCACCCAAAUCCAAUCCAACGGCCUCUCCGCUCCUCCCUACGUGCUCUGCUUCUUCGUGAUCCUCCUCCUCUGCUGGCUCAGCGACAGGACCCGAAUGCGAGGCCCCUUCGUCGCAUUGGCAGCCACCGUCGCCGCGAUUGGAUUCAUCAUCAACGCCACGACCGACACGACGGCGCCGAGAUACACGAGUGUCUUCCUGAGUGUGUGGAUCUUCGCGAGCGUGGCGUUGCUCUUGGCCUGGACGGCGAACAUGAACGAGACGGAGAGCAAGAGGGGGGGUGGGUAUACGAUUCUGGCCACGGUUGGCCAGUGUGGGCCUUUAUUGGGUGAGUUGACCUGACCUGAAAAACUCCGAGCUGAAAGCUUGUGAAUGUUGUUGUUUCUCACACGACGACACACAGGCACGAACGUCUUCCCGGCGUCGGAAAAGCCGUUCUAUCGCAAGGGAAUGUGGAUCUCCGCAUCGAUGUGUUUGAUGGUGGCCGUGCUGGCCGUGAUUUUGAGUUUAUGGAUCAUCUGGGAGAAUCGGAAGCUGGAGAAGGAAGGUGGUGGUGGUGGUGGUGCUGCUGCUCUUGAGGAGGAAUUUGAUACGGAUGUCGGGGAGCAGCGGGAAGGGAGACAUGUGAAGCAUAAGCUUGUGUGGUGA